AUGCGAGCUCGUCGUAAUGUAGAAUUCCGCCAGAAGAAACAGAGGUGCAAGAGUAACGCGAAGAACCUACAAAAGGAGUACUCUUCUAUAAGUGGCGUUCACGUGUCGGCGUCUCGAGGCUCGCCGCCAGGUAGCUCCUCAGUGGGUGGCGGUCAGGGCGGAAUGGGUUCAAGCUUGAACUGCGGUCAAGGUUCGCCAGGUACAACUUCCGGCAACGGCGGCGGCGGCGGAGGCGGUGGCGGCGGCGGUGUCUCCUGCGUCGGUGCCGACGUGAGCGCGAACGAGGCGUCGGACUGGAGAGGCGCCCACAGCAUCGCGGCGCUCAGACGCCGCGCCUCGGACGCUUCGCAACAAUACAGUCCACAGCCGCCGCCGCCACCCCCAGGACCACCCCAAUAUGCCCACGACAUGGAGUAUAGUUCCGUUUACUGAGGCGUCGGUCCAAAUGUCCUAACGUUCAGUUCCACGGAAGAGAAAAAAAGAGAAACUGCCGGCCGGUGGGAGCUUAUGGUAAUCUCAUGGAACGAGUACUCCUCUCUCUCUCUUUCUCUCUAUCUAUCUAUUUCUUUCAUUUUCUGUCUCUCUCUUUAUCUAUCUCUCUCUCUCUCUAUAUAUAUAUAUAUAUAUAUAUCUCCUUUCUCUUCUCUGUCUAUUUCUGUUCCGUGAAAGCAUCGUGAGAAGAUCGGUCACUGUGCUCUCAUGACUGAUUCUGCGGAAAAACGAGGAUACAGCAAAAGCGUAAUUGAGCAACCUGCAUAGAAAAUUUCUUGGGAUCUAACUGAGGUUCAAUCCAAUCUGAUUUCCCGAAAUAAUUAUAGGUAUUGGUUAAAAUUCUAAUGUUUAAAAUAUGCGAUUCUAUAGAGGAAGCAAAGUUUUCCCAAUAUCUUUUCCGGUCUUCAUUUAAUGCUAGAAUCAAAUAAAACAAGCUGACUUUCUAAAUAAUUUAAUUAUUCAGUAAAAUGCUCAAUGUUUUAAACAUAUUUUAUUUUUUGAUAUUUUAUUCUAUCGUAUACAAUAGUUGAUAUAAAAGUUCCCUGUUUUAUAAAAGUAUACUGACAUUAUUGAUUGAAAAAAAAAAAAAACAUGAGUUCCCAUAGUAUUUCUGAUUCGAUUUUAGACAGAGAACACAUAUUUGGGACAAUAGGAUUCCCUAAUUGGUAUUAUAAUAGUAUCAUAGUGAUAUUGUAACUAAUUUUGGGAUAAAUUUGGGCAUUCUGAUCAGUAUCUAAGCUGCAUCUAUGAUGAUUUUGAGAAAUUUCUAUGCGGGAAGCUGAUCUAGCUGGUCUAUCGUGAGUAUAAUCGUAAAGAUAGUGCAACAGAGAUCGAUGGAAUAUCGUAAUGAUCAUUUCGAAUGAUUCGACUAGCGGAGGUCCAAAUUCGCUCAGCGGAAUAAGAAUCUAACACGAAGCCGGCGAAGCGCGGUAAAUAAUGACGGAAUUAGAAUGGUUAGAUAAUUCCGGGUGGACGUAUGUAUAUGUAUAUGUGUGCGUGUGGGCGUACAUGUAAGUGUGCGUGUGUGUACGAGUGUCUCAACUGGCAGAGAUUCACAGCUAGUCGGCAAGAAUACAUAAUAGCUUAACGAUUGCGGGAACUCAACGUGACGCCUGAAUUUCUAUAUUCUUGAAGUAAUGCGAGCUCGUCGUAAUGUAGAAUUCCGCCAGAAGAAACAGAGGUGCAAGAGUAACGCGAAGAACCUACAAAAGGAGUACUCUUCUAUAAGUUAGUUGCGCAGUUGAAGUCAGGGUAGAGGAUCGAAAUUGCUGGCAGCAUCGACAGCGACAAUUCGCGUACAAUACAGAUUCUCGUCAUAGAGCCUUCCCGGGGACUGUCGUCGUAAUACAUUAGAUAGGCCUUUAUUCCGAACUCUCUUUUAUCGAUAAAAAAGAAUUUGGAAUAAUGACUGUAGUCUACAGCAGGGUUGUAUCGUAAGUUUCAACAUCACGUCUACGCGAAUUGUUUACGUAUUGCCUACGUGAUGUAUACACAGUCUUUUCUCAUGUAGACAAUGUAAACUACGUAGGAUAUUUUGUAAAUUAUAUUAAAAUAUACAAGAUUACAGAACAAUUUUACAGACAAGAUUACAGCAUUAUAAAAUAGUUGCAGCAUCUAUGUUUAUAUAUAUAUGUAUAUUGGAAAUACUCAGACUCAUAAUAACUGCAGUGGAUUUACGGUGUCAAAGAACGCACUUGAUAUUGUAAUGAAACUUAUCGUAUGGAGAAAAGAUCUGUUGUCAAGUAACGUUAUUGAAAUUGUCGUGAUAAAGAUAAAUUUUUGGAUAUAUUUGAGCGAAACUCGUUUUCGUUUAAUAGAAUAAUUUUUUAAUCGUGGCAGUUCUAUCGGAGAGAAGGAAACUAUUUUUGUUUAAUUUUUUAUGAACCAUCUGAAUGGAGAAAUACCAAGGAUGCCGAUGAUAUAUAUAUAUAUAUAUAUAUAUAUAUAAACAUA